AUGUUAAAACGUUUUAAACGUACGACAUCGUCCGGAAAACUAGAACUACGUGAACGCAAACAACAUGCAGACGAAUCCGUGACAAAAUAUUACGAUGAUAUUAUCCGAUUGUGUGGUGAAAUCGAUUGGGAAAUGUCAAACUCAAUGAUCAUUGAUUAUUUAGAAGAAGGUCUGCGUGAGGAUUUGCAAGAGCAGGUCAUGCUUCAAAUGAGUAUGUUGCCCGAUGCAGAAAAAACAACAACAAAAUUUCUCCAAAUUGCUAAAACUGUCGAGGAAAUACGUAAACGCCGUCAAUAUACUGAAUCACCACAACAACCAUAUUUCGGAAAAUCAAUAGCGACAAUACAAAACCAAAAGUCACCAGUAAAACCGCAAACACCCUAUCGCGGACGACAGAAACUAUUAUUAUCACAGCAAAUAAAAUCGGACAAGAACAACAACUUGUCCACAGGUUUUCCAGUAACUGGUGCUCAUGAUGGCGGAGUCUCCAGUAAACAACAGCCAUCACAAACAAUAAAAUCUAUAUCAAUGAGUCCUAUCCUUAUUCGGGUACAGGUUAAUAAUCAUACAAAAAACGUCAUUGUCGACACGGGCUCCGUCAUUACAAUCAUUUAUCGUGAUUUCUUAAGAAAAAUUCAUCAUAAAAAUUUUAGUUACAAAUGUAAAUCGUAUACAUCAGCGAAUUGUACGGUGGUCGACGUCAUUGGUGAAGUUGAAUUAGAAAUAAAAAUAAACGGUGAAAAGACACAUGUAAAAGCUGAUGUAGCAACAAAUUUGGUAACACAAAUGUUACUGGGCUCAGACUGGAUUACAAAAAAUAGGGUUAUUAUUGAUGGAGGGAAAAAACAAAUAAUAGUCCCUAGACGUAGUGGUAAAGCAAUAACAACACCAUUCAUCGAACAACAUGAAAUUUUUUAUCCUGUAUUGCUAAUUAACCAAACAACGAUACCACCAUUUUCAGAAUGCAUGGUAGAGGCAUCAGUCCAAAUGAACAACUCAAACUACGCUAUAUUUGAAUCGACUGAAAAUCUCGAUAAAAAAGAAUUAACAGUUUGUUUAACAUUACCGCCGACAUUAAGUAACAGUAAAAGGCAUGAUCACAUGAAUCAAUCCUCUGAUACUCUAUUUAAUCAAUCACAUCGUGCAUACAAUCCAAUUAAGAGGAAAGAUCCUAGAGAUCUAUCCUGUAAUACAACAUCAAAACUUCCAAUUCAUCAAUGUUACGUAUGUAAAACGAAUUUUUUGUCUGGAAAUGAUCUACAACAUCAUCUACGUGAACAAUGUUAUCCACCGCAGAUUCGAGUACAUGUUGAAACCAUGACCAGGCACAUACAAGAUGUAGAACAGCGGGAACAAAUACAAAAUAUUUUGUGGAAGCAUGGUAAAUUAUUCGAUACUACAACGCCAUCCGUUGUUAAUACAACGCUGACACAUGCUAUCAACACGGGAAACCAUCGUCCAUUAUACACACCCCAAUACAGACAAUCACACAAAGAUCAACAAAGAAUUUCAGACGAAACAGAUAAAUUGAUCAAACAAGGUAUAGUUGAGAACUCCACGUCUCCAUGGUCAAGUCCAAUUGUAUUGAUAAAAAAGAAAGGCGGUACAACACGCUUCUGUGUGAAUUAUAGUCGAAUUAAUGAAAUAACAACAAAAGAUUCGUUACCGAGAAUUGACGAGAUAUUUGAUUAG